CUAUAAAACCAAGCAAGCUACUACAACAUUUUCAUCUCCAACAUCUAUAGUAAUCAGUUAAUUACUCUUUUAACGAUUGAAAAUGAAGCUAAUUCAAACUCUGGGCAUUGCCUCUCUUCUCUUCACACUCAUUUCAGCUGCUUCGCUGAAAGCCAGUGAUCCUCCCUCGUUCUGCCAUGGGUUAGACUGUCCCGUAUAUAAAGUAACAGGAAAGAUGGGCAAAUACGAGAUACGCUCAUACGAGCAAUCAAAAUGGGUUGGAACAGUCAUCAGAGGGGACAGCUUCACACAGGCUGGCAGCCAAGCCUUCCACAUGCUAUUUGAUUACAUUUCUGGCGCCAAUAGCCAAAAUCAGAAAAUACCAAUGGCAGUCCCAGUAGCAACCAAAGUCGUUCCUCUAGACGGGAGCAUGUACAACUUCACGGUGUUUUUCUUUGUCCCUUUUGCAUUUCAAGCAAACACUCCAACUCCCAGUGACCCCAAAGUAUUCGUUCAAGUUCUCCCAGCCCUCACAGCUUACGUUGACUCAUUCAGUGGAUUUGAGAGUAACGACGAUCUAAAAAAGCACACCGAGGAGAUGAAGGCUGCGCUGACAGCUGCUGGCGUGCAGUACGUGCAUGAUUUCUCGUUUACGGCAGAGUACGAUUCUCCUUUUAAAAUAAUCGACCGCCAUAAUGAAGUGUGGCUGGUAGCAGCUUAAAAGGAACAUUAACCAAAAUACUAUUUUAUUUAAUUGUAAUAUUCUAAUGCUACAAAAUAAUAGAACUUGCUGCAUAAAGCUUCUUUGUUUUUUUAUUAAUAAAUAAAAUUA